GGUCUGGAGUGAGGCCGUUGUCUCAUGGCCUGGAACCUCAUUUUUCUUGUUAACUCACCCAGCCUCCUGCGGUAAAGAGAGUGCCGCGGUCCCUUGGUGCAGAGUGAUUCAAGGCUCUGGCAGUGUGAAUUCCCUCCGUUGACAUCCUCCACCACCACCACCACCACCACCACCACAAGCUGUGGACGCCACAUGACAGGCUAACGCUGUGCAUGUAAAGAAACUCAGCUUGUGGCUCUACAACUCUUGGUGAACUGUCACUCUCAGUCUUCGGCUGUAGGGGAUGUUGGGAGUUUCAGUCCAGCAAAGUUGGAGGGAUGCAGGUUUGACAUCCCUGCCUCUUUAUUUAUGUGUUGCGCUCGAUAAGGAUUCUUUUUACAAAUAAUGCCAGCAGAACGCAAGAAACCAGCAGGUAUGGAAGAAAAGGAAUCUCCAUCUAGCCCAAGGGACAAAGAAUGUGCUGAGAAGAAAUCUACAAGCAGCAAAGAUCGGGUUAAGGAAGAACCAAAAGCAAGCACCAAAAGAGAUCAAUCAAAGGCUUCUGAGGAAAAAAAGAAGCGAACUGAUGAGGACAAGCGGAAAAAAGAGGAGAAGGAGUGCAAAAGAAAGGAGGAUGAUCAAGUCAAAGCAGAUGAUGAGCAGCAAAGUUCAGAGGGAAAAAAUCAAGAAGAUGAAAUAAAAAAGAAGCAGGAAGAAGAGGAAGCUCAUCAGAGAGAAGCUGCAGCAUUACACAUCAAAGAGAAGGAUGAAGCAAAUCAGUUACACCAAGAAGCAUGGGAACGGCACCACACUAGGAAGGAGCUUCGUAGCAAAAAUCAAAAUGCCCCUGAAAAUCGACCUGAGGAGAGUUUCUUUAGCAGGCUGGACUCUAGUUUGAAGAAGAACACUGCUUUUGUGAAGAAACUCAAAACCAUUACUGAACAGCAAAGAGAUUCAUUGUCCCAUGACUUCAACAGCCUUAACCUCAGCAAGUACAUAGCAGAGGCAGCAGCCUCCAUUGUAGAGGCCAAGUUAAAAAUAUCUGAUGUUAACUGUGCUGUGCAUCUGUGUUCUCUUUUCCACCAGCGAUAUGCUGACUUUGCACAGUCUCUCCUUCAGGUAUGGAAGAAGCAUUUUGAAGCCCGCAAAGAGGAAAAGACUCCUAAUAUUACUAAGCUGAGAACAGACUUGCGCUUUAUUGCAGAGCUAACCAUCAUUGGCAUCUUUACUGAUAAAGAAGGCCUCUCUCUAAUUUAUGAGCAACUUAAAAACAUAAUUAAUGCUGAUCGAGAAUCCCACACACAUGUUUCAGUAGUAAUCAGUUUUUGCCGGCACUGUGGAGAUGAUAUUGCAGGCUUAGUGCCCAGGAAAGUGAAGUGUGCAGCUGAAAAAUACAAUCUUAAUUUUCCUCCUAGUGAGAUUAUCAGCCCAGAGAAACAACAGCCUUUCCAGAAUUUGCUGAAAGAGUAUUUCACAUCUCUGACGAAACACUUGAAGAGGGACCACAGAGAAUUACAAAAUAUAGAGCGCCAGAACAGGCGCAUUCUUCACACUAAAGGGGAGCUAAGUGAAGACAGGCACAAGCAAUAUGAGGAGUUUGCAACAUCUUAUCAGAAGCUGUUAGCUAGCUGUCAAUCACUUGCAGAUCUGCUAGAUGAAAAUAUGCCAGAACUUCCUCAGGACAAACCUGCUCCGGAGGAACAUGGGCCUGGUAUUGAUAUCUUCACACCUGGAAAACCUGGAGAUUAUGACUUAGAAGGAGGCAUUUGGGAAGACGAGGAUGCCCGUAACUUUUAUGAGAAUCUGAUUGAUUUGAAAGCUUUUGUCCCAGCCAUUUUAUUUAAGGAUAAUGAGAAAAAUUCUCAGAGUAAAGAAACUGGCAAAGACAGUUUCAAAGAUAGUAAAGAGAAAGAUGUGUCCACAACUGAAGAGCUAGAGCUGGAGUUAGAGACAUUGGAUAUUAAUGAUGAAGGCAUGGAACUGGAAGGUGCCGAAGAUGCAGAAGACCUAACAAAAAAACUUUUGGAUGAACAAGAGCAAGAAGAUGAAGAGGCAAGCACAGGCUCCCAUUUAAAACUCAUUGUUGAUGCUUUUAUUCAGCAGCUGCCAAACUGUGUUAAUCGUGAUCUAAUAGAUAAGGCUGCAAUGGAUUUUUGCAUGAACAUGAAUACAAAAGCUAAUAGAAGGAAAUUGGUCAGAGCACUAUUCAUUGUUCCCAGACAAAGACUGGAUCUUCUUCCAUUCUAUGCCAGAUUAGUGGCCACCUUGCAUCCUUGCAUGUCUGAUGUUGCAGAAGACCUUUGUUCCAUGUUAAAGGGAGACUUUCGUUUCCACGUUAGAAAGAAGGAUCAAAUCAACAUUGAAACAAAGAACAAGACUGUGAGAUUUAUUGGAGAACUUGCCAAAUUUAAAAUGUUCAGCAAAACAGAUACGCUGCAUUGUUUAAAGAUGCUGUUGUCAGACUUUUCGCAUCACCACAUAGAAAUGGCAUGCACUCUACUGGAAACUUGUGGCAGAUUUCUUUUUCGAUCUCCAGAUUCUCACUUGCGCACCAGUGUCCUGCUGGAGCAAAUGAUGCGCAAGAAGCAAGCAAUGCACUUAGAUGCACGCUAUGUUACAAUGGUUGAAAAUGCCUACUAUUACUGUAACCCACCUCCAGCUGAAAAAACUGUGAAAAAGAAGCGACCUCCACUACAAGAAUACAUCAGAAAGCUUCUUUAUAAAGACCUUUCCAAGGUCACCACUGAAAAGGUUUUGAGGCAGAUGAGGAAGCUGUCUUGGCAGGAUCCUGAAGUGAAGGACUAUGUAAUUUGCUGCAUGAUCAACAUCUGGAAUGUUAAAUACAACAGCAUUCAUUGUGUAGCCAAUCUUUUGGCAGGACUGGUACUUUACCAAGAGGAUGUUGGAAUACAUGUUGUAGAUGGAGUGUUAGAAGAUAUACGUCUUGGGAUGGAGGUUAACCAGCCAAAAUUUAAUCAGCGGAGGAUAAGCAGUGCAAAGUUCCUUGGGGAGCUUUACAACUAUAGAAUGGUGGAAUCUGCAGUUAUAUUUCGCACACUUUAUUCAUUUAUUUCCUUUGGUGUAAAUUCUGAUGGAAGCCCCAGCCCACUUGAUCCUCCUGAACACUUGUUCCGCAUUCGAUUAGUUUGCACUAUCCUUGACACUUGUGGCCAGUAUUUUGACCGUGGAUCAAGCAAGAGAAAGCUUGAUUGUUUUCUUGUUUAUUUUCAGCGCUACGUUUGGUGGAAGAAAAGUCUUGAUGUGUGGACUAAAGACCACCCAUUUCCAAUAGAUAUUGAUUAUAUGAUAAGUGAUACCUUGGAGCUUCUGAGGCCAAAAAUGAAGCUCUGUGCCUCACUGAAUGAAUCUGUCCGCCAAGUGCAGGAUUUGGAGCGUGAGUUUCUGACAAAGCUAGGUCUCAUGAAUGAUAAGGAAUCCAAACAUUCCAUGACAGAAGGAGAUCACCUAGUGUAUGAAGAUGAUGAUGAGGAAGAAGAGGCUGGGGCAGAGACAGAGGAGCAGUCUGGCAAUGAAAGUGAAAUGAAUGAACAAGAAGAAGAUGCUUCUGAAAAUGAAGAGGAUGAAAGAGAGGAGGAAGAAGAGGAGAAUACAGAUUAUAUGACUGACUCAAACAAAGAAAAUGAAACAGAUGAAGAAAACACUGAGGUGAUGAUUAAAGGAGGUGGAAUUAAACAUGUACCCUGUGCUGAAGAUGAAGACUUUAUUCAAGCCCUUGACAAGAUGAUGCUGGAAAAUCUUCAGCAACGUAGUGGAGAGUCAGUGAAGGUGCAUCAGUUAGAUGUUGCUAUUCCCCUGCAUCUUAAGAGCCAGCUUAAAAAGGGACCAGCUAUGAGCACUGGAGAAGUAGACCCGGAAUCUGGCGACACUAUGCCAUUUGUUAUGCUUACAAGAAGAGGUAACAAACAGCAGUUCAAGAUCCUUAAUGUGCCUAUGUCCUCCCAACUGGCUGCAAAUCACUGGAGUCAGCAGCAAGCUGAACAAGAAGAGAGGAUGAGGAUGAAGAAACUCACAUUAGAUAUCAAUGAGCGUCAGGAACAAGAAGAUUACCAAGAAAUGUUGCAGUCAUUGGCUCAGCGCCCAGCACCUGCCAACACAAACAGGGAGCGCAGGCCUCGAUACCAGCAUCCAAAGGGAGCACCUAACGCAGACCUCAUCUUCAAAACUGGGGGCAGGAGACGUUGAUCCAGCACAGUCAUUCCAUUGGGCCCUGUGUCUUCAACAUGGCUAGUGUAAACCUCCAGAAAUUGUAAAAGAUCAGCAGCACAUCGCAGCAUGUUCAGAACAGAAGGUUGGGAUGGAAUCCUGUGACAGGGCUUGGGAGCAAGGCGAAGACAGCAAUACCAGCUUCUGCUUCAGACAGAAAGAAGCUUCAAGCGUAGGCACCACUGACACACAAACAGUGGGGCCCUUUUUGUAUCUGCAAAAACGCUCAAGACAGCCUUACAUUGGAUGGAAAGCAUUAAGAGGGUUUACUUUAUUAGCAGGCAGUUUGGCUAAAAGUAGACAGAAGUUUCCUUUAAGAUGGACAUGCAUUGCAACUGUAUUGUAGUUUUGCACUGUUAGAAGGAUCCAGCGAAAAGAUGUAGGACUGGACGUCACACUUUUUGAAAGAACACAGAGUUGCAAAACAAUAGCCAAUAUGGCACAAAGGGGCAAAAAGCUGGAAACGUUGAACACAGGAAGUCAGACAAAUCUGGAGUGCAACAAAUACUCCUAAGAAGAUUUUUUGUUUAAAAUGUGUUUGCUUUUUCUCUGUAAUAGUACAGUGUAAAAUGGAAAGACACUGUGCCUUUUGGCAAAUGCCAGAGCAGACUGGGCUUCUUUGGCUGUGCAUAGAAUUUGCCAAAAUUUGUAUAGAGCUAAAAUGUGCAGUUUGCAUUUCUCUUCCAUUCCUAUACCAGCUGAACACAAGAACUGGCCAGACUACCAACGUAUGCUCUAUUUUGGCUUCUCAACAUUUAGCCUGUUGCAGGAUUACAGCUAAGUACUAGAGUAAGGAGUGAAGCAGUUAGUGAUGUUACCUUUAAAGGCUAGCUCUUUGGUAUUUACAAGUUUAAUUUGAUAAGUAACAGAUUUAUUUUUCCCAAUUUUUCCAUCUGCCAAGUAAAUAAAACCUUUUUCUGUUUGA